AUGAGCAAGGGAAAUAUAUGCCGGCCAAUUGUUUGCUGCUACCUUCACGAUAGUCGCGCCGACGACCGACGAUUUAACGCAGCCCGCAAGUGGUCGUUAUACUUCCCGUCGUGUAAUCGAAAAAUUUGAUUUGUUUUUUUACAUCGCGCUCUAUCUCAUACUUUUGUUUUAACGAUUUCCUCAAAUCUGUUUUUUACUCGAGUUUAUUAAAUAGGUACGAAGAGGUCGUUGCGGUUCACGUGUGAAGAACUAGGUUUAGUCGUCGCAUUGGUUUAACCUGAAGGUUUUGACACGCAUUCCAUCAAUAAAUUUUCUAAAUACUUUUAGUUGUGUUGAGCGCUCUCGAGUCUGGAGAGCACUCGUGUUGUAGAAAUAUAAUACCUACAUCCAUUUUUAUGAUAUAAAAGUGCCUCGAGGCGCCCUAGAUAGCUAAGCUGAAUACAACUUUUAUUAACCUGCAACUUUUCAGACCGGCUGAUAUUUGCUGCAUCAUACUUUAUCGCGUUUUAUCAUAUACAUUGAAGUAUAUCGUCUUUUGUAUUUUUUGUCUACUUAUUUUUAAUCACUCCGCAACGAUAAAAAAAAUGACAUCCACAAAGAUUGAGUUCGAGGUGCAGAUGACGUGUCAGAAAUGUGUGAAUGAAGUAGAAAACAGUUUGUCACAGCUGAAUGGGGUAAAUGACGUUCAAAUAUCUUUGGAGCAGGGCUCUGUUAUUGUUGAUACUGAAUUACCUCAUACCAAAAUUCAAGAAGUUAUAGAAAGUACUGGUAAGAAGGCUGUACUCAAAGGAUAUGGAGGUAAAAAUGAUAUCAGUGCUGUGGCUAUGUUGGGUGGAAAUUCUGGUUACAGUUAUGGUGACAUUGUGAAAGGUGUAGUAAGAUUUGUUACAACUAAAAAUGGGUGUAUAGUGGAUGGCACUAUAGAUGGCUUAUCACCAGGCCCUCAUGGACUUCACAUUCAUGAAUGCGGUGAUAUUUCACAAGGUUGUGAAAGUUUAGGAGAGCAUUUUAAUCCCAACAAUACAUCUCAUGGAGGACCUGAUGAUCCACCAUCUCAAAGGCAUGUUGGUGACCUCGGUAAUAUAUUGGCAAAUGAGUCAGGAAGGGGAACAUUUAGAAUAUUAAACAGCAUUCUCAAUGUGGACGAUAUCAUUGGCAGAUCUUUAGUCAUUACAGAAAAGGCAGACGAUUUUGGCAAAGGUGAUAAUCCUCUAUCUAAAAUCGAUGGAAACAGUGGAAAAAGAUUAGCAUGUGGCAUCAUAGCAAGAUCAUCAGGACUUUUUCAGAAUGCCAAAAAAAUAUGUGCUUGUGACGGACUUACCUUGUGGGAUGAAAGAGAUAAAAGUAUAAUUAAUCAAAAAAACGAGAACGAGCUCAUAUCGAACUCAUGAACAAACUAAAGUGGUUUGGAUAACACAAAUAUUAACUUUCCAAUAAGGUUGUGGAUACCUUUAAUGCAUUCAAGAUAAAAUAAUUCC